AUGGCGAUAUCGACGACAGACCUGGAUGCCGAUGUGGGGACAACGGGUGUCACUACAGAAAGCGUGGAUACGGCCUACAAGGAUUUCCUGGCGACUGCUCAGAACGGGACGUUUGCCAGUAAAGGGACAAUUCUCCUCGAACAUGAGGUGGAUAACUUCACGGUGUCGAAAGCGAUGCAAAAUUAUCCUCAGUUGAAGUCGGCGUUCAAGUACAUUGUUCCUGUCGGAGUAGCGCUCAACAAAACCCACCCAUAUGUCGAGACUAAUUACACCCUGCCGUCGUUUGAGCAAUACAUUGCCGGCAUAACGACAUUGAGUUCUUCACCAACGUCAACGACAUCCCCUACUUCUACAAAUGCCGGUGCCGCAGCCUCAGCUUCAAGUAGUCAGUCGAAUAACCGGAAUCUGAAAAAUGCCGGCACUACCACAACAGUAAUGUUCCCCAUGGUUUGCUACAUUUUUACUAUUGCCAUCGGUUCCCUAUCAGUUCUUCUGUGA